CCCCCUGGUGGAUGGAGGUAGGCGGCAGCUUGUCCCAGGAGCUUACCGUAGGGCUCCCGAGAAGCUGUCUUUGGCCCCCCAGCCUGCAGCAGGAAAGCUCAGGAGGAAUGAUCUGACUCCAAAGGAGCAGUAAAGAGUUCAACUUGUAAUGAUUGGGAGGAACGCUUUGAAAUAUAUUGCAGGGGGAAGAAGUCGUCUAUUUAGAAAUUUUGGUUCUGCACACAAGGCUCCAAUGAAGUACAUUUUGGUGACUGGGGGUGUGAUCUCAGGCAUUGGAAAAGGGAUUAUUGCAAGUAGCAUUGGUACCAUCCUAAAAUCCUGCGGAUUACGAGUGACUGCAAUUAAGAUUGAUCCUUAUAUUAAUAUAGACGCUGGAACCUUUUCUCCUUAUGAACACGGAGAGGUCUUUGUGUUGGAUGAUGGUGGGGAAGUUGAUCUGGAUUUGGGAAAUUACGAGAGAUUUUUAGAUAUCAGCGUUUACAAAGACAACAACAUAACUACUGGAAAGAUUUACCAACAUGUAAUCAACAAGGAACGUCGGGGAGAUUAUCUGGGAAAAACUGUGCAAGUGGUCCCACACAUUACAGAUGCUAUUCAAGAAUGGGUUAUGAAUCAGGCAACAGUUCCCGUAGACAAAGACAAAGAAGAGCCACAAAUAUGUGUUAUUGAGUUAGGUGGCACUAUUGGAGACAUCGAGGGAAUGGCCUUUAUCGAGGCUUUCAGGCAGUUCCAGUUCAAGGCUAAGAAAGAGAAUUUUUGCAACAUACACGUCAGUCUUGUACCACAGCCAACCGCAACCGGAGAACAGAAAACAAAACCAACUCAGAACAGUGUUCGUGCUCUGAGGGGACUGGGCUUGUCUCCCGAUUUGAUUGUAUGUAGGAGUACCAAGCCAAUUGAAAUGGCAGUAAAAGAGAAGAUCUCCAUGUUUUGUCACGUGGAACCAGAACAGGUCAUCUUCAUUCACGAUGUUUCAUCAACCUACCGAGUCCCUGUCCUAUUAGAAGAACAAGGCAUCAUCAAAUAUUUUAAGCACAGACUGGAUCUCCCUAUUGAUGAUCAACCGAGUGCACAGCUUUUAAAAUGGAAACGAAUGGCUGACAGGUAUGAACGAUUGCAGCAAACUUGUUCGAUUGCACUUGUUGGAAAGUACACAAAACUCAGUGACUGCUACACAUCCGUCUUCAAAGCAUUGGAGCACUCUGCACUAGCUAUUAAUCACAAGCUAAAUCUAAUGUACAUAGAUUCAGCAGAGUUAGAACUUUCCACGAAGACUGAAGACCCCGUCAAAUAUCACAAAGCCUGGGAAAUGUUGUGCAAAGCACAGGGUAUUUUGGUUCCUGGUGGAUUUGGAAUUCGUGGGACAGAAGGAAAAAUUAAUGCAAUAACGUGGGCUAGAGAAAGAAAAAUCCCAUUCCUUGGAGUCUGUUUGGGAAUGCAGUUAGCAGUGGUGGAAUUUGCGAGAAAUUCUCUGGACUGGAAAGAUGCCAACUCCACAGAAUUUAACCCAAAUACAAAAACCCCAGUGGUUAUUGAUAUGCCUGAACAUCACCCUGGUGACAUGGGUGGGACGAUGCGGCUGGGGAAAAGAAAGACGGUCUUCAACAGCGAUGCUUCUAUUUUAAAGAAGCUCUACGGUAACCCUGAUUGUGUAGAGGAACGUCACAGACACCGGUACGAGGUAAAUCCGGAGUUUACUCAUCAGUUUGAGGAGAAGGGUUUGAAAUUUGUCGGACAUGACACAGAAGGUCAGAGGAUGGAAGUAAUUGAACUUCAAGAUCACCCAUAUUUUAUUGGGGUGCAGUUCCAUCCAGAGUUUUCUUCUCGACCCAUGAAGCCUUCUCCUCCGUAUCUGGGCUUAAUGUUGGCAGCAUCCGCAAAGCUCAGUUCAUACUUGCAGACUGGCUGUAAAUUAUCUCCAAGGGACAGCUACAGUGAACUGAGCGAAGGAAGUGCUUCCGACAGUUAGCUGCAUUUGGCAAAUAUUGCGGAAUGAACACCAGGAGAAGAACCAACUGAAUGUAUGACAUAAACAUCUCCACUAAAACAUGGUCCAUCAAGCAUCUAAAAUCACCAACACACGUGGAUUGGCUCGUGCUGAAAGAGACCGUAACGGCUGAAUGAUUUUGUAGAGAUAUCCAUUAAACCUCAUCAGCAGCAAUGGGAUACAUGUAGCAGUAUAUGUUACUCAAUGUACAGAGGUGUAAUUGUUUUGUCCCAUGUAAGUUCAGGCAGCUUUAUUUUGUUCAGUUUUCAGCCUGUGUCGUGCAAUAUAAUGUUCAUCUUUCACUUCUUCUAUUCAAGCAAAGAAACAUACAAACAGUGCAUUUGAAACACUUAUAUUUUCUAUAAAGCUCAGUCCAUUUGCCACUGUGCUGCACAAUGGGUUCACCCAUAUUAUUAGCCUAAAAGCACAUUGGUUUGUUUGCUGUUUUUGUCCAACUGGCUAUGUGCUGAUGGUAUCAGUAAGCAUAGCCCUAGAAAAUUAGGAAAAAGUCACAGUCUUUUAUAAUUAAACAUUUGUUAACUUUCUCAGUAACCUCGAAUUUUGUCUUUUCAUAUUUUGAUGAUAGUUUUCAGUGCUCUGGUAUUUAAUCAUUAUACAGUAAAUUGAAAUACAAAUUUGCUGAAUUUAAGGCCAAAUAUCUAAGUUGGCAACAUUGAAGUAUUGAAGGAUUUUUUCCCCAGCUAUUUAUAUUAUGUUUUUACAAAUUCUGUUUUAAUUUUCCCCCCAGUUCUCUGUUUAGUUAGUCAUCUACUUUGGAGAUAAUUCUCUAAAACCAAACUAAAGUUUUCUGAAAUCUUAAGCCCGAUAUUUUGAAAUUCCUUUUUUUUUUAUUCUUGUGUUUAGUGAACACACCGGUUCACAUGCUUUAAUGACAUGUUAAAAGACAGCUGAAAGUAUCUUAAGACAAGAACGUAGACAGCUCAGCAGGUUGAGUGAUUUUAACUGUAAGAAUAUUCAGAAGACCCGCUGCUAUGCUGGUCAUAUUUAUGUAUAUCUAUUGGGUGAAUAGCGUGAUGUGGAGAGAACUUUGACAACAACGAUAAAACAUACUGGCUUUAGAAGGUGCUAAGGAAGCUGAUAUAAACAGGGGAUCUUAUAAAAAAUAUUCUAAAUUACUUCUAGGCUGCAUUAACAUUUAAAUUGCAAGCUGCUGUUUACAUUUCACUUAUAUAUAAAUAUAUAUUUUUAAAUGUCCUUGAUUAUAUCACCAAUAUAAAUACCUUAAAAGAAAUGUCUGGAGACUGCCAAAAGUAGAACAUAAGGGAACCAUAUAUUUUCAACUAAAAAUAAAACAAAAACAUAUACAUAAAGCAGCGCAGAAAUACAAUAAAAAAAAAAUAACAGGAAAAAUACUAAUCCAAGCUAGCUGAGCUGCAAAGCAAUAACGGGACACUCCAGGCACCCAGACCACUUCUGCCCAUUGGAGUGGUCUGGGUGCCAACUCACACCACCCUUAACCCUG